UGGAGCUUUCCUCAUGCAUAAAAUCAAACGCAUACAAGCAUUAAUGUCUCGGUUCAGCUCUGUCUCCGCGGCCGAGAGCUGCAGUUGCCUUACAGCUUUCACCCCUUCGUUUCUGAUAAAACAAAAAAAUGACGGUGGUUUCCCGUCUUAUGCACAAAAUAGUUAUGAAAUCUGCACAGUCAACGCUCAAAGUGCCAUUAUGCUGUUGAGUUUGAUGUCAUACAUGCGUUUGGCACACACACACCAGAGGAUAAGUGAGCCUCAGCCCCUGUCGAGGCAGAAACGCUCGUAAGACAGUGACUUUGGGAGGUACAGGAGCAAUAAGAAAAUGUUCCUGUCGUGACAUGGGUAAUUCAACAAUCGACCUCCAAAACCACCUCUACAUCAAAGGAAAAGCUGGAGGACUCCAUUUUGAAGGGACCGGGUGUGCUGCCACAGACUACACAGCAACUCGUCUCAGGAAAGGAAGCCCAUCUGUUUUUCCGGGUAGUCUGCUCUCACUGCUUCCCAGGCGUGGUGGUGGACGUUUUUUGUUACUUCAUUUAUUUUUGUCGUCUCAUCUCCAGGAAGGAGCCAUGCCAGCAUGAGUAGUCCUUAUGCAGGCCCUGGUAGGGAGACUCAUCAGUCCAGCUGCCCUUUGACCCCUGGCUGUGACAUCUCCACCCACUCCUGCUCUUCCAGACACCAUGACCACAAGAUCAGCCUAAGCAUGUCUGCUGCAGCCUCCUCCCUCAAGCAUGCAUCAAUCUAUGGGUUUGCACCAAGGGUCCACUCGUCCUCAUCAUCUUCCUCCUACAGUCCUCUUAGGAGGCUACAGCAUCUCACCAGCAUGGUGAGCCAGCCUGACCUGGUCCUGCCAGUGAGGGAGCCAGAGAGGAGCUGGGAGUGGGGGACACACAAGAAGGAGAGGGGGAAGGCAAUGGAGAGGGAGUCCUGGGCUGAUUGCACUAGCAGGGAUUAUUCUGGCAGCCACAAUACAAGUAGGGAGGAGAGCGUUGGUAACUCUUCUGCUGGACAAAAACAACCAGAGGGCCGAACUGGAUGUAGAGAUGUGCCAGCAGCUAAUCAUAGCGAUCAUGUCACCGAAGCUAAAAAGUCAGAAAGUUGUUUCUCAGAUCCACCUAGCCCGGCUUUCUCUCUCGAUAGUAACAGCCCCUUCACCAACGGCUUCCUCCACUUUGAAUCCUCUUUGUUUGAGGAUGAUGACAAUAAUGAAAUGCGAGAGACCACGUCACCUAUAGGAGACUUGCAGGACAAACAUGAGAGGGCAGGGAGUGUUCUUCAGUCCACUCCUGCAGACUUAAAUUCAGACACUAAGGAUGCUACCCUGUUGUCAGCAAAAGUCAUCACCCGGUCCCAGUCUUCGGGUCAGCGCAGGAGAUACUGGUACUGCUCGGAUGACGAGUGGGAGAGCGACGCUGAGCUGUUGCUGUUUGGGGAUAGUCCCUCAAGGCAUUCAGUGCAGAACAGCCUGAAGAAAAAGUCUUUGCCACCUGUGAAGUUUUUAGAGCAUGAAGUGAUUUGGGCAAAGUUCGGCCGAAGACCAUGGUGGCCGUGUGAGGUGAUCAUUGACCCUGUACAGGGAACCUAUCACAGAAUGAAAGAGCCCAGUGACCGUCCCUGUCGACUCUACCAUGUCAGGACCUUUGGGGAACCUGUGGAAUUCAUCUGGGUAGAGGAGAAAUCAACUCACGCUUUCCAUGGAGGCUUUGAAUUUGAACAGCUCCUCCUACUGCGCCGGAGGGGGAAGCAAAGGGAUCACAACUAUAAAUACACUAUUGCUAAGCGCUUUCAGGACUCUUGGAAAUCCAGUGUGGCAGAAGCUGAAUCUGUUCUCCCAGAAAGACCCAAAAUGGUUUCUUCCAUUUCUUCAUCCUUAGACGAUGCCUUCCAUGACAGUUCCACAUCAGAGAGAGAGAACAAGGCAUGUCCAACCCUUUCUUCAUCCACUUCACCAGUUUGCACCCUUCCUGAGACAUUGCACGUGACCAAUGGAUCCAUUUCAUCCCCAGUAACAACUCCACCAAAGCAAAGCACUUUAAGGAAAUCUUCUGGCAAGAAGAAACAAAGAAAACUGUUGAAAGGCGUGAGCAGUAAACACUCUAAAAAUAUGUUACGGAAUAGCCCUGACCCAUCAGAUAGAGACAAUGGGGAGUGUCCAUAUUCUGACCUCGACUCAAUCCCUAAGAUUUUGUGUCCUAAAGCACUUGAACGUCAGCCUAAGCUAGUCCAGACCCAGCCAUCUGCUAUGGUUGUCAAAGAGGUGAAGAAGCAGCCAGAGAUUCAGAGUGGCCUUUGGUUCAGUAAAUCAGGCAAAGACAGGCGACCUAAAACUACCAGUCCAAUGCCAGACCGCACUCUCUUUAGUAAGGUGCCCUGUAAGAAAAAGAAUUCAUCAGUUUUUUGUAAAAGGAUGCUGUCUUCCAGUGGCGGGCCCAGUGACCAGUCAGGGUUCUUAGACAAGCAUAAGACUUUGGCUGAAACAAAUCUGCCACCUGAAGAGUCAGGACAUUUCAAGUGUAAAAACACCCUGGUUGCUAAUAGACCUUUUGGUACAUCUGGCAGUCUUGCUGACCCGUCAGGAUUGCCAGACAAGGAGAAGUCCCUGGCCUCUACUGAAACUACUGUGCCCUCAGACAAGUGUCAACACUCAAAGUGUAGACAGACGCCCAAUAAUACAACUGACACUAUUAUUGGCAUGCCAUCUGGCCAGUUUGGUAGCUCAGAUGUUAAAAAAGCCUUAGAGCCCAGCACGAAAGUCACUUUCGAUGACCAGCCAAGGCUUUUAGAGAGUGUAAAGAGUAUUAGUCGAACUAAACAUUCUGAUGUCGUGGCUAAAAAAAAGGUCCAUGUAAUUGAGAGGAUUUCUAAUCAAGCAGAAGCAAAAGAAAGUAACAAUGCUGCAUUGUCAGGUGUAAAUGCUCGCACUACUGAUCAAUUAGGAAGGCUAGAAAAACAAACAAGUCUGGUCUCUAAGUGUAGGCUACCCUUUGUCAAAUUAAUACGUAAGGACAUAAAGGGCAAGAAGUUUAAAAGUUCUAAUUCCAGUGACCAGCCUAGCCGUACAAAAAAAGAAAAGACACCAGAUAAUAAUUUGACUAAAAUGUCCUCUAAACAGUCACACUGGGUGGACAGCAAGGCGAAUGUCUCCACAGCUCAGGCAAACAGUUCAGUAUCUUUAAAGGUCUCCGUUAAGAAGUUAAAAGCUAGUGAUGGGAGUGGUGUGCUUCGUCUAUCCUCAGAAUCAUCACCAGAGGAAACUGUCAUGACCACAGAUUUGACGAGUGUGUCUGUUGACAGUACACACUUGUCAGGUAGUCCAGUUUUAAAUGUAAGCCCAAGCAAUGUGACUUGCCCAUCCUCUAAUCAGUUAGAUCGGUCAGAAAGUAAGAAGACUCCUACCACCAAUGGAACAAGCAUGACUUAUGAUGAGUUAGUCAGCUCAGAGAAAAAAAAUACAACUGCUACUAAUACAGCUUAUAAUACAAAUCGGGCUUCUCACCGGCAGAGGAAUGCUCUAUCUAGGAACGUUUCCAAAGGCCUGCUUUCUGAGAAAUCCAAGAAAGUUCUCUACAAAUUAAAGCAGGUUCCAGAUGACAUGAAUCAAGUCCUACGUGAGCAGCCUGCCCACCUCCCAGCCAGCAGUCGACUGAUGACCAGAGCUCUGAAGGCCAUGCAGGAGGCAGAGCAGAAGAAGCGGGAGAAAGCCGGAAAAGAGACUGAGCAGAAAGGACUCUUAAAUUCAUUCAGAAAAGCAGAGGACACUGUGUGCCACUCUGCAUGUAGCUCCACUUGGAAUCCAGAAGCCAAACUGGGCUCAUGUACUAAAAGAAAAUCUCUUAAAUCUCACUAUAAUGAUAUUGUUGAAUAUGAUCAGGACACCUUUUCUAGCUGUAGCACCCCCUCUUUGGUGUUCUCGGAUUCAGUUGACUUUGAAGCUGAUGUCAAGAGUGAAGACGAAGACCUGUCAAUAUCUUCAACUCCACCCAUGGACUUCAUACCUCUUACAUCUAGGGUAAAGGCAAAGAAAGACAAUCAUUCUUCUGACAUAUGCUCCUCAUACUCACCUCCCUCACCAUUUUCCUUUAUGAAUGCUUUUAAGAAUGUGAAGGAGGUAUCUUUCCAGUCCCUGGCAAGUGAGGCCAAUGGUAAACCCAUCUCUUUCAAACCAGACACAAACUACAAGUUCAGCACUUUUCUCAUGAUGCUGAAGGACUUGCAUGACACUAGAGAGCGAGAGGGGGCCCCAUUAGAACUGGAGAUAGGGCCACCAUGUGCCCAUGUUAAGGAGGAGCCCUUAGUGAUGCCUGGGGAGGUGAAACCUGCAGGCCAAGAUCAGCGAAUUGAAUAUGUUAACAACUUAAAUUCCAGUCCGGAGAAAAAUAUGAUCACACACAAAGAAGACAGCACAAGUCGGAUGUGGAAGAGGCCCUAUAACAGAAGGGGCACCUCCACUAGGUUGAAAAAGAAAGCCAGCCGCAAAGUGCCUUGUCGUUCUGCCAGGUCUGGACCUGGCUUUCCAGGACUGGAGUCUUUGCCAGAAGUGGCAACCUUACCAACAGUGGACUCUUCAUCAAGAGUGGAUUGCUCAUCAAAAGUACAGUCUCUGUUGGGUACACAGGCCAGCAGCUGGGAGAGGCAGAAUGGAGGUCUUGAAGAAAUGGUUCAGGAAGAGGAGGAGGACGAGGAGGGGUGGAGCAGAGUAAAUGAGAAUCUACGGAACAUGGUGCCUUUGGAGCAGCGGGGCUGCAACACUACUCUGUUUCUGGGACAGCCGAAUGGCCUUGUUGCAGACUGCACUGAGACUAAGACAAGCUUGAUGCACAACACUGGAGGAUGCGACGAGGCUCCGGCAGCACAUAAGCGAAUAAGAAAACCAAGCAAGAGGCUGAUUGAAUGGACUCAAGAGUAUGAUCAGAUUUUCUCUACAAGGAAGAAAACCAAAAAGCCUCUCCAGCCAAGUGGAAAGGCUACUCAACCCAUUACCUCCAUGUCUGAACCCCUGGGAUCAGACAAGAACACACACGACCAUCUAUCCAUGAACUUACUUCCUGAAAUACAGACACCACCUCCUGAGGAAAUUGCUGCAACAGUGCCCUCUGAACUACAAAUUUCCAGCAGUGAAAACACACCUCCCCAAGAUGCACAGGUGCUUUCCAUCGACACACUAACCCCUCCUCCUGAAGCUGAACCUUUGCUGUCAGAAAGCCUUGCCAAAGACAACGAAAACGCUCCUCUGCUGGAAAAGAAGCGGAAGAGGAAACCCACUCAGAAGAUCUUGGAGUACUGUCUGGAGGCAGAGGCUUCGACAGGCCCCAGGAAGAAGGUCAAAACAGUGAAGAACAAUUCAAAUCUUGCUCCUCAGUCAGAUUCAGGGCCACCAAGUUUAAAGUCAAAGAGUAAGCAGCUUUCAGCAUUGACCUCUGCACCGACAACCCCAGAGGUUUCUACCUGUACAACCACACCCUCCAUUCAGCCAAAUCCUGCUCCGAGCACGCCUGCAGCUACAACUCCUGCACCGGCCCCACCUGAACCUGACCAAGUGGAGACAGCGUCAGCAGAUGUUGAUGCUCCCCAACUAGAGGACAGUAAGGACACAGCAGAGUCAGAGGGUGACCAAUCUUGCCUGGAUCACAGCUUCUCCUCCAUUAACAAUGACUUGGCUCUGUGCGACGACCCACUUUUACCCUCAAGGAAGAUCAUAGGGGACCGAGGAGGCCCUGCCUCCAUGAAAGAGAACAUAUGUCAGGUGUGUGAGAAGACGGGGGAGUUGCUGCUCUGUGAGGGUCAGUGCUGUGGAGCCUUCCACCUGCCCUGCAUCUCUCUGGCCCAGGCACCGAGAGGGAAGUUUGUCUGUCCCGAGUGCAAAUCAGGCAUCCACACCUGCUUUGUGUGUAAAAAGCGCAGUGAGGAUGUGCGGCGCUGUAUGAUCCCUGUGUGUGGGAAGUUUUACCAUGGGGAGUGUAUCGCCAACUAUGCCCCAACCGCACCUGUAAACCGAGGCUUCCGCUGCUCAAUCCACGUCUGUCUCACCUGCUUCAUUACCAAUCCCAACAGCUCGUCCAUCUCGAAAGGUCGCCUAGUACGGUGUGUGCGCUGCCCAGUAGCUUAUCACGCUACAGACCUCUGCAUGGCAGCGGGCAGUGUUGUCCUCUCCAACAACAGCAUUGUCUGUCCCAAUCACUUCACCCCCCGCCGCGGUGUCAAGAACCAUGAACACGUCAACGUUAGCUGGUGCUUCGUCUGCACAGAAGGGGGAAGUCUGCUGUGCUGUGAGUCCUGUCCUGCUGCAUUCCACUGUGAGUGUCUGAACAUUGAGAUGCCUAAAGGCAGCUGGUACUGCAAUGACUGCAAGGCUGGGAAGAAACCGCGCUACAAGGACAUCCUCUGGGUGAAGGUGGGACGGUACAGGUGGUGGCCAGCAGAGGUCAGCCACCCAAAAACGAUCCCAGAGAACAUCCAGCGGAUGAGGCACGAUGUCGGGGAGUUCCCUGUUCACUUUUUUGGCUCCAACGACUACCUGUGGACCUACCAGGCCAGAGUCUUCCCUUAUAUGGAUGUGGAUGCCAACAGCAGAGAAAAGAUGGGGAAAGGUGUUGAUGCCACUUACAAGAAAGCUUUGGAGGAGGCAGCUGUGCGAUUUCGCGAGCUGCAGGCAGAGAAGGAGCUUCGGCAGCUUCAAGAGGACAGGAAGAACGACAGGAAGCCUCCUCCGUACAAACAUAUUAAGGUGAAUCGACCAAUUGGAAAGGUCCAGAUCUUUACAGCAGACCUAUCAGAGAUCCCACGCUGUAACUGUAAGGCAAAAGACGAGAGCCCGUGUGGGAUGGACUCAGAGUGUAUCAACCGCAUGCUGCUGUACGAAUGUCAUCCGCAGGUUUGCCCAGCAGGUGAACGGUGCCUCAACCAGGCGUUCACUAAGCGUCAGUACAGCCAAGUGGAGAUCUUCAGGACGCUGUCCCGAGGCUGGGGGCUCCGAUGUGUCCAUGACAUCAAAAAGGGUCAGUUUGUGAGUGAGUAUGUUGGGGAGGUGAUUGACGAAGAGGAGUGCAGGUCAAGGAUCAGACAUGCCCAGGAGAAUGACAUCUGUAAUUUCUACAUGCUAACUCUGGACAAGGACCGGAUCAUUGAUGCUGGACCAAAGGGGAAUGAGGCUCGCUUCAUGAACCACAGCUGUCAGCCCAACUGUGAGACCCAGAAGUGGACAGUGAGCGGAGACACCCGGGUGGGACUGUUCGCUCUGGUGGAUAUUACUGCGGGCACUGAACUUACCUUCAACUACAACCUGGAGUGUUUGGGGAACGGGAAGACAGUGUGUAAAUGUGGAGCACCAAACUGCAGCGGCUUCCUGGGCGUCAGGCCAAAGAACAACCCUCCAUCUGAUGACAAAGGCCGGAAGUUGAAGAGGAGAGGCCAUGGCAAGAAAAAGAAAAAAGUGGUGGUGACCAAAGAAAGAGAGGACGAGUGUUUCAGCUGCGGAGACGGAGGACAGAUGGUUUCCUGUAAGAGACCUGGAUGCCCCAAAGUUUACCACGCCGACUGCCUCAACCUCACCAAGAGGCCUGCAGGUCGUUGGGAAUGUCCGUGGCAUCAAUGUGACAUAUGUGGUAAGGAGGCAGCGUCUUUCUGUGAGAUGUGUCCCAGUUCCUACUGCUGCCAGCAUCGCGACGGCCUGCUCUUUAUCUCCAAGUUGGAUGGCAAGUUGUCCUGCAGUGAACAUGACCCCUGUGGGCCAGAACCGCUUGAACCAGGAGAGAUCAGGGAGUACACACCUGACCCCAGAGCCUUGACCUCAGGACUGGGCAUGGCCAUCAUCCCCUCUGCUACUUCUAACACUACCACCAGUCUGAACCCAACCACUAGGAGAGUCCAGGAGAUGAGUGCUGGCGCUGGCAUGUGUGCCGCUGAGUCAUUUCCUGCCUUUUCCAUCCCCGUACCCAUCACCAUUCCCGUCACUGCUCCUGCCGUCUCGUCUCCCCCCGGCAACUCUGACGCUCCCAGCAGCCCCCAAGUGUUUGACCUCCCGCACUACUCACCCAUCUCCUCAUAUGAGGAGGAGAGGGAUGUCUUAGAGGAUGAAGAGGGAGAGGAAGAGCUGCUGGAAGAGGUGGAGGAAGAGUUAGCGGAAGAGGGUGAGAUGGGAAGACAGAAAUCAGAUCCCCACGAAGAGGAUGAAGAAGAAGAGAUAGAGGAGGUGGGACUGGAAUACCUGGAGAUCAAAGAGGAAGAGGAAGAGGAGGAGGAGGAGGAGGAGGAGGAGGAAGAGGAGGAAGAGGAGGAGUGACAUACAGUGGAUUAUUAUUUACAGUGGCAUGGGACAUGGAGAAGCAAGUGGAGAUCAGCCAGUCCUAUUACAUAAGUAGUCCAGUCUUUAUGGUUUGUAUUCAGUGAGCAGGUGGAUGAAUGGAGGAUUUUUAGGACAAAACUAAAUCAGUACGUAAAUAAAUUGUGAAGUUUAUACAUCAAUAGAUAAAAAGCAUAUACUGUAUACUCUAUAGACUGUAAACAAACGUGAGACAAAUGAAAGGAAAAACCAACACAAAACAUGAUUUAUUGUAGGAGUAUUACUGAUUUGUUCAUGGAAGAAAGAAAGCUGCUUCUCAAGUCUCUUAUAUGCUUUGUUGUUUCCCUCACUCUUUUACUUGUCUUAUGCGAAGAGAGAGGACUUGAGGAAACACAUUAUUAAUGACAUGAGGCGUCCUUUACUCCCAUCCUUCAUCUGAAGCAUCCACUCACCAAAUGAUUUCUGAUAAAAUGGUAUGUCAGUUCAUAAAAAACUUCUGUGAAGGAUGGUGGUCUCAUGAUUCCUUGCUCAUGGGUCCUCUAGCAGCCUCCUCACUCCUCAGAGCUGAUAUAAGAGACUUGGAACAUCCUUGGUCUGUCAGCCAGAGUGACUUCCAGGUCGACUGAGGACAUAGAAGCAAUUAUAUAAGAGACUUGGGAAGCAGCUAGUGUGUAAUUCACUCACGGUUGCAUCCUAUAAGGACAGAUGAUGUCAUGAGAUGCACCAACCCUGUUUGACUAUAUUCAUAGCUCUAGCCACAAACAGGACUAUUAUAUUUAUCUUAAUUGAAAAUCUUUCUAUAUUAUGUCAGUUCAAUUAAAUUUUAUUUGUACAGCACAAAAUCACAACAAAAAUCAUCACAGGACACUUCACAAA